CUGCAGCGAGUUCGAGUUGUUUGCGAGUUGCGACCAGUGUUUUAUAUGCAAUAAAAUGGAUGAAACGAAUGAAAACAGAACGGAUGAGUGUGUCGAUGGUAGCAGCGAGGAUGAAGAUGAGACGCUUGUUUCGGAGGAAUCGUCAGAUGAAAGUGCCGCUUCCAGCGCGGACUCUGAAGAGGAGAUGGACCCCGUUUUGAAUGGGUUCUUAGAUGACUCUGAUGAGGAUUGGUCUCCAGAGGUCACCCCACUAAAGAAGAAGAGAAAAGGUCUGUCUUCUGUAUCUCCAUCCCCAGCAAAGUCUUGUAGAUCUAUAUCACCUGGCUCUGCACAGAAUGCCAAAGGGAAAGGUAGGAAAGGCAAUGUGAGACGAUCUUUACCAUUUUCCUGCAGUAUCUUAGAAAGCAAGUGGAAAAGUGUAGAUGAGCCUGAUAUUGAGCCGCCUCAGCUAUUGUUUAAACCCAAACGUACUCCCGGCCCACAGUUAAUUUCCACUGCGUCAUGCAGCGUUCUGCAGUAUUUCGAGUUAUACUUUUCAAAAUCAGUGAUGCAGAAAAUUGUAGAACAUUCAAACAUGUACGCCGCCAUGCAUACUGACGCAAAGAAGAAACCCUGGAAGAACAUUACUAUCAAAGACCUGAAAUCAUUCAUAGCCAUGGUGAUUUACAUGGGCAUAGUGAAAUGCUUCAAACUGACAGACUAUUGGAAGAGGACAGACUUUUACAGUCUGCCAUUUCCUGCAAGGAUCAUGUCUUGUAGAAAAUUUCUUAGCAUGUGUUGGGCUCUCCAUCUUAGUAAUCCCAAAGUGGAUGCAGAAAAUGACAAGAAGAGAGGAACACCUGAAUACGACCGGCUGUGUAAGAUCAAACCGCUGUACCAAGACAUUAGAGAUGCUUGCAAAGCCUCAUUUCAUCCCCAUCAGAACAUCUCCAUCGAUGAAAGAAUGGUGGCGUCAAAGGCCAGACAUGGACUCAUACAGUACAUGAAAAAUAAACCCACAAAAUGGGGGUACAAACUGUUUGUGUUGGCAGAUUCCCUCUGCGCCUACACGUGGGACUUCUUCAUUUAUGAGGGAAAGGUGAAAACGGAGCAGAGGAAAGGUAUAAGUUAUGAUUCUGUUAUGGCGCUAAUUGAUGAACGGGUGUUGGGCACUGGAUACAAGCUGUUUGUCGACAACUUUUACACCAGUCCCACACUCUUCAGAGAUCUGCUUAGCAAGAAGAUCGGGGCUUGUGGCACGAUUCGAGCGAAUCGCAUUGGCCACUCAAAGACUCCGGCUCCACGUGGGAAUAUUCGCUGGUUUAGAGAAGACGGUCUGCUCUUUGUUGAGUGGAAGGACAAGAGAGACGUGCUGAUGUGCUCCAGCUUUCAUAAAGCUUAUAAAGGAGACUCUAUAAAGAGGACUGUGAAAGGAAAAGGUGGCGUUUGGGCUGUUCAGGAUUUCCCCGUUCCAGCUGCCGUGUUGGACUACAACAAACACAUGGGAGGAGUGGAUGUGUCUGAUGCACUAAUCGGAUAUUACACAGUUCUCCAUAAAACAAAGAAGUGGUAUCGGUCCUUUUUCUACCACUUUGUGGACAUCGCUGUCGUCAAUGCCUUCAUUUUGCACCAGCAGAUGGCCAAGUCGAAGAACCAGAAGUCCAUGACCCAGAAGGUCUUCCGUGAGACUCUGGUUGCAGAGCUUGCAGGAAUAAGGGCUGGUUAUCCUGCUGCACGUGAGGCUGCUAUUGCUUCUACUGACAACCACCUGCCCAAGUACAUCAAAGGCGACAGUACAUUUGGAAGACGGAAAUGCAAAUUGUGCUCCCAUAAGACUCCAAUCACGUGUGUAACGUGUCAGGUGCACUUGUGCUUUGUACCCAAGCGUGAUUGUUACUCUAAAUGGCAUGAAUCUGGUAACUCUGAUUCUGACACAGAGUAAAGUUGUCGAGUCCUUUCUACUAUCAUUCAUACUUUUAUAAAACAGGCAUGGUCAAAGUGCAAAAACACAAGAAAUCCAAAGAUCUAUCAGAAGUGCAACAUGAAACUACUAAGACAUUCAUUAAAGUAACACCUUUUAAAAAAAUAGGCAAAUUUUACAAGUCCACUAGAACUCAAUAGUUGAGAUUUAUCAUUUUUAAUCCAUUCAGCCAAUCUUCAGGUCUGGCACAAGCACUUUUAGCUUAUGUAAUAGAGGCCAGCUAGUAAACCUCACCCAUCUGACUUCUAAUAGGUGCUCUAGCAACAGACCCUACAAGCCAUAGUCUUUAGCCUUCUUGUUAUGCUGUGAUCACACCAGACGUUUGAACA